AUGUUCCACGAGAUCGCGAACCGGUGGGCUUGCGAUAAGUAUAAAAAGCGAAGCACUGGCAAGAAGCACUGGGAUCACUGUCCCGAUUGUGAAUAUGUGGCUACAACUCCACCAUAUUGCUGGAGCAAGGCUCAACAUAUUGGUGGGAAGGAGGUAAGUACAGUACAAGGAGCAGAUAAUCGACACUUUGUUUGGUGACAUGACUGAUUACGAUUUUGUGAUAAUAGACUGACUAUUGUCAACAAAAGGGUGCUAAGAAGGGAAUUUCCAAUGCGGGUUGUUGCGAGCCGGGGGUGAUUCUUCCUGGUUAA